UAUAUAUAUAUGGUGUAUUAGGCAGUAGACAUCAACAAGAAUUUUGAUAACCUAGUUGGUUGUUCUUGUCAAGGAUAAAUAAAUACAACUAGACGAAUAAUGAUGAUGAAUGUAUUUUUGAUUUCUUUUUUGACUGUUAUAGUACUGGUCUGCAAAUCUACUUGCCUCAUUGCAUUUUCUUCUUACAUGAGCGAAAACAAAGCAGUCUCACAAAGUUAUUCAAUUGUUGUUGGAAAAACCUUAAUCUUCGAUAAAGUAGAAAUAAAUUCAGGGUCAGAUUACAACGUCCUCACAGGAAAGUUUACUGCUCCUUCCUCUGGUAUUUAUGCAUUCACUUGGACCAUCUGCGUAGAUUCACGUUAUCCUUACCCUUCUGGAGAAUAUAAUUACGGGGAAUAUGGUACAGAACUAAUGAUGGGCAGCACAAAAAUAGGUGCUUUACAUACAGACACUGAGAAAAGGUACGACGACGCGUGCUCCACAGGAUUUGUCAUCAAAUAUGUAUCAUCGGGCAAUCAAGUUUACGUCAGAAAUCAAUACGAUCACCAAGGGCGAUUACUUAGCAAGGAGCGCCAGACCAGAACAACAUUUUCGGGAUGGAAAAUGCAAUAAAAGGCAGAUCCAACGGAACGAAGUUCUCCAGAUCUAAAAUGUAAUAUUCAAAAUAAAAUUUGAAGACAA